AUGAGGCUUUUGGGUGUCGCACGAGAAGGCAUUAACAUUUUUUGUGGCCUUAUGGAUAUAUCUCAGGGCUUAGCAAAAUCGACGUAUGACCAAAUUGUGCAACACCUGUAUACAGCGUCGAAAACAAUGUUUGAGAGCGUCUGCAAAAAAGCCGUCGAAGAGGAAAAAGAACUCAACAUACAAAAUGAAAGACCAGCUGACCGUUCAAAGUUUCGGGCGAUGGAUCGUGGAAGAAACGUGGAUAUACUUCAUUGUACGGUGUAA